AGUUUUAUGUGGGAAACAUAAAACAUAAAAAGCAUAUAUGUGCUGAAUUAUAGGCCCAUAGGUAACGCCAAAUGUCACUUCAUCCCAGAUAGCGUAGUUAGUUGGCAGUCUAGCUAGUUAUUGUUGCCGAGUGAUUUUGUAACGGCUUAGGGUAUUUCCGUCGUACCGCCUUAAUCGCAUAAUGUAGUUUGUGGAGUAGUUGACCCGGAAGACUCGGCAGUUCAUAGACUGCGCUGUUGUGUAUCGGUUUAAGUUGUUUACUUCGUAGCUUGACCAGUGACAUUAAGUGACCUGUCCGAAAAGAGGGUGUUCGGCUACUGUCCCUUUAUCUGAAAUCGGUUGACAGUCUCCUGGCUACGGUGACGUUUCAUAUCUAUUGCCAAGGCCCGGUGAAUCUUAAUGCGCUAUUGAUCAAAGCAUUGGUCCGUCCUGAGCACCAAAGCAUCAUGGGAAACACCAGUGACCGUGUAUCCAGUGACCGCCAUGGGACAAAAUCCCACCGCGCUGAUGGCGGGAGUAGCCACAAGGAACAGGAGACGAGCAAGAUCAUGGUGGACAGCACCGACGAUCCCAAUAUCUUUAACACCCACACUACAGAGUCAAAGCCCUCAGGGGAAAAGGAGUUUACACCCUUUGCCCAGGACCUGGAAGAUUCCGGGAGGCCGGGGCCCCAGGCUAGGCCCACCGUGAUCCGUUGGGCUGGUGGGGGGAAGGAGGUCUACAUUGCUGGGUCUUUUAACAACUGGAGCACCAAGAUCCCACUUAAUAAAAGUCACAAUGACUUUGUAGCAAUCUUGGACUUACCUGAAGGGGAACACCAGUACAAGUUCUUUGUGGACGGACAGUGGAUGCACGACCCAUCAGAGCCAGUAGUUACCAGCCAGCUGGGAACCAUCAACAACCUGAUCCAUGUGAAGAAGUCUGACUUUGAAGUGUUUGAUGCCCUGCAAGUGGAUUCGCUUGAGUGUUCAGAUACAUCAGAUCUCUCCAGUUCUCCACCAGGCCCCUACGGGCAGGAGGUGUACGUGUUCCGGCCUGAAGAGCGCUUCAAGGCCCCACCCAUCCUCCCCCCACACCUUCUCCAGGUCAUCUUGAACAAGGACACAAACAUCUCAUGUGAUCCUGCUCUGCUCCCUGAACCCAACCACGUUAUGCUGAAUCACCUCUAUGCCCUCUCAAUAAAGGACGGCGUGAUGGUUCUCAGUGCUACUCACCGAUACAAGAAGAAAUAUGUCACCUCUUUACUGUACAAGCCCAUCUAAUUUUCUGCCCUCGAUCAGGUCGGCAUGUUUGUGUCAUUCGUAACCACACAUCGGCCGGGAUUGCACUAAAAAAAUACAAAAGCAGUUUACAGAAGUGUUAUAGGCCCCCCUUAUGAGCUCAUGUCAUGUGCUCUGGCAUAAUCAUGGUCAUUCUCUGUUUCAUUGUGAAGGACCAGGAACCACUAACACGAAGUGGGCAGAAUUUGACAGAUUUUAACUGGGUCUGUAUAUCUGAGGAAAGACUUUAAUGACCAUUUGAAAUCAUUGGGGGAGAAAGAGCUGAUUUCACAACAACAAUUUUGUUAUGCCGAAACUCAACUGUGCAUCUUCCAUUGAACCAAAUACAGUUGCUUUGACUACAAAUUUUUACUUGCCAGCAUCAGGCAGAAAAAUAGGUUUUCAAUUCAAUUGACAGCAUUUGAAUACUGCUUUUUAACUGGGAAAUGCAAGAGCCCAGAGGAUUUUACCGCAUCAGACAUCCAUUUUAGUUAUUUACUAUAUUCAGAAAUUUUGAUACAUAGAAAAGCAGCAUGUUCUUAACUAGAACGUCCUUUAAAAAAAAUAAAUGUCCGGGAAUUCAGCUGUAUAAACGUUUUACAGCCUUAUACGGCUUUUGUCAUAUGGUGCGAUACCACACACAGCACCAGUGCAGACUCUGUUGCUGAGGGUCAUCAUAUGGCCCACAGCAUCCCAGAUACGUCCUUCUCAUUAUUUCAUACCAUUGUACCCCCAGAAUGCAUGUGCCACUGGUUUAUUUAUUUAAUAUAUUUUUUUUGAUUGGGACUUAAGCGCUUUCUUUUGUCAAAUGAGCAUGACCGUCCAGGUCACAUGCACGGGAUGAAACCACGCGAUUUCGCUGUUGCCUUUUUUUCACGAUGCUGCAAGCACUUUACCUGUGCAUUUAAUCCAUGCUGUGAGUAGAACAGAAGACUAUAAAGGAAGAGUAUAUAAACUUAAACUAUGCAGAAUAUGAAUCCUGUACUGUAGCUUUUUUUGUUAUACAAUCUCCAGUAUCCUCUUGUAGUGAUGGCAAUGCUGUGAUUUGUUUUUUUUCUUUUAAUAUAUAUAUAUAUAUAUAUUUAUUUAUCAAAUAGCAGUGUAUUUAUCUGUUACAUGCUGUGUGUCUAAACAAAACUGGGAGCGAUAUCUUGCAUGAGGAUUACAUUCAUGCCUGAAAAGUAGCGUUAUGCAUGUCUGACUUUAAACGCUGGCGUCAUAAUUGAUGUGUUCAAGUGUGCCCAUUCAAAAUGCCUUCAUUUUACACUUAUGUUGCUACUUGUUUUAUCUGAGAUUCCCAUGCAGUUAGGCAACAUAUUGUCUAAUGAUCUCUAUUGUCAUGCUUGUAGGAAUCAAGGAAGUUUUACAUUUUAUAUGGUCUAUCACAAAUCCAAAGACGUUCCAUUCAUUGGAAUAUAUUUAACCUUGGGGAUUUUUCUGUACUUGACUGAGUAGGGAUAUAAAUUAUGUAAACAAAAUUAUACUUUGUGCAAAAACACAGAACGUCUGUAUGCUUGUAUACUGUAGCUUUCUGAAGCAAAAAAACUUGAAUUUUUAAAUGCAUUUAAUUUAAAAUAUUUUUUAAUGGUAAGUAGCAUUUUUGGUUUAUGUUGAUGAUGGUUACAUGUUUAAUAUGAAUGGUUAAGCCUGGUUCCACUUGAAAAUAAACUAAAAAUGAAUGGUU